AUGGAGCUUCAGUUUUGGCCUAAUUUUGUUUCUCUCUUGGAAAAACUGAAUGGUUGGAUGCUCUUGGUGGUUGUGGUCACAUUUCUUUUGAUUAUUGACCUUGUGAGAAUGAAGCGACCCAGGAAUUUCCCUCCAGGGCCACAGCUCUUUCCUCUCAUGGGAACAUUUGUGGACUUUAGGCAGCCCCUCCAUCUUGCACUGCAGAAGCUUACUGGUCGGUAUGGGAACAUCUUCAGUGUGCAGUUUGGAAGUCUGACUUUUGUGGUAAUCAACGGGUACCAGAUGGUGAGAGAAGCUCUUGUCCACCAGGCUGAAAUAUUUGCAGAUCGGCCAAAUAUUCCACUCCUCCAAGAAAUAUUCAGAGGCUUUGGUCUCAUAUCAUCAAAUGGGCAUGUAUGGAGGCAACAGAGGAAGUUUACUGCAGCAACAUUCAAAAACAUUGCUGUAAGUUUUGAGGAGAAAGUGCAAGAGGAGAGCAGGUACCUUGUGGAGGCGAUGGAGGAGGAGAAAGGACAACCAUUUGACCCUCAUUACAAAAUUAACAAUGCUGUUUCAAACAUCAUCUGUUCCAUAACUUUUGGGAACCGCUUUGACUACCAUGACAACCGCUUCCAGGAGCUGCUGCACUUGCUGGCUGAAACACUGCUGCUCAUCGGAAGUUUCUGGGGCCAGUUGUAUAAUGCUUUUCCUCUUAUAAUGAGAUGGCUGCCAGGACCCUUUAAGAAAAUCUUCAGGCACUGGGAGAAACUUGAGCAUUUUAUGAAAGGAGUGAUUGCAAAGCACAAGGAGGAUUUGGACCAGUCUGAGGCAGGAGAUUAUAUUGACUGUUACCUGAAGGAGAUAGAAAGGUCUAAGGAUGACACCAGCUCAUGUUUCCAUGAGGAAAACCUCCUGUGCAUCACCCUGGACCUCUUCUUAACCGGGACUGAGACAACAGCAACCGCUAUCCGCUGGGCUCUGCUCUACAUGGCCACGCACCCCCGCAUUCAGGAGAAAGUGCAGCUGGAAAUCGAUGCGGUGAUUGGCCAGUCCCGCCAGCCCACGGUGGCCGACAAGGAGAACAUGCCUUACACCAGCGCUGUGUUGAGCGAGGUGCUGCGGAUGGGCAACGUUGUGCCACUGGGAGUGCCCAGGAUGUCCAUCAGUGACACCACCUUGGCUGGCUUCCACCUGCCUAAAGGUACUACCCUGAUGACCAGUCUGACUUCAAUAAUGUUUGACAAAAACGUGUGGAAGACUCCAGACACCUUUAAUCCUGAACAUUUCCUGGAAAAUGGCCAGUACAGGAGGCAGGAGGCUUUUCUGCCCUUCUCUGCAGGCAAGAGGGCGUGCCCUGGGGAGAAGCUCGCCAGGACUGAGCUGUUCAUCUUCUUCACAAGCCUCCUGCAGAAGUUCACCUUCCAGCCACCAGCAGAUGUCACACUGACCUUUGCCUUCACGCUCAGUCUCACACGCUGCCCCAAGCCCUUCCAGAUCUGUGCACUGCCCCGUGACUGA